AUGGAGAGUGCUCAGUAUCUCGUCGAGCACGGCGUGGAUUUAGAUUCGGUGGACUCCAAUGACAAUACUCCGCUAAUGUGGGCAGCAGGAAAUGGGCACUAUGAUGUGCUGGAAUUACUUCUGAGCCAUGGUGCGGCGAUAUCCUUGGCUAAUAAGGCAGGCUGGACGCCACUUGCAGUUGUUUGUAAGAAUGGUCAUGGUGCUAUCGUGAAAUUGCUGGCUCAAAGAGGUGCUUGCAUCGACGUCCAGCUCCCGAAUGGCGCGACACUUCUUGAAAUCGCAUGUCAUGAAGGUCACAUCAGCGUUGCAGAGGUUCUACUUGAUGAAGGAUCG